CUGUGGGUGGAGCCUCGCCAGGGGAGGGGGCAGCUGUAAUUGGCUGUGUCCGGUCACCCCCCCCCCCCCCGUCAAGCACUGGAUCUAGCAGCCUGGUACCGGGAGAGGCUCGAACUGGGGCGGCCCCAAUGUCUGGCCCGGAAGACUUUUUCAUCCCCACCAAGUCAGAUCGGGGGUGGGGUGGGGAUGGGCGUUCGUUCGGUUUUGGUUAAAAAAACAAUGUCUCCAUCCCUGCUUUUGGACUGAAACUGAAACUGCUCUGUAAGCGAUGUGAAGGCAGUAAACUCUGGGUCUGAUUCAUCAUUCUGUCCUUGCAUGGAUUUCCCGAAACAGGAGAAAGGAAACGCUACUUUUUGAGGGAAAGGCACUCUGCAUGUACUCAGAGACACUUCAGUUCUUCCAUGUGUUGAAACUGCUCUCUGUCAGAUGGUCCCAUGCCCACUUAGAUGGAAACACACCAUCUUUAAAUUGGUUUAUUUGCAAAGCAAUUUUCUAUCCCCACCCUAUCAGCAGGAAAAUACUGCACAGACUCACAAUCCACCCCAUUCUUAUACUUUUAUUUUAAAAAUGCUUCCAUUUCCCCCAGGGGCGUAGCAAGGUUGGAGUGGGCUCAGUGACAAGAUUUUAAAAUGGGCUCCGCCUCACUGAAGCUCAGGUCAUCCCAAAUUAUUUUUUAAAAGGUUUUGUAAAUUGUGGAUGAUGCGUCAUUGAAUGGUGCUAGAGAAAGACAUGCUGUUCUGGUAGCUCCAGGUCUUAACACUCACAUCAAUUUUGGAGAAUGAAUACCACGGAAGGAAGCCCAGGCAGAUGCGUGGCUGGGGGAGUCAAUCAUGUGACUUGCCUCUGGGCCCCCCCAAUGCAGUGGGCCCCCAGACAACUGUCUCCCCUUGCCCUAUUAUAGUUACGCCCCUGAUUUCCCCUUGUCUUGUCAUAUAGCCAACAGUGCAUGUUCAGAGCUCUGUUUUCCUGUACUGAAAGGGACAGAAAUCCUCAGAACCAACUGGGCAGACGUAGACCUUAGACUGAGGGGUCUCAGUGUAUGAGUGAGAUGGUGGUCUCUGUCUAGAAGAAGGGUUUUGAUUUAUGAGGCAUUGGGUUACAUUUUGGGGUACACCAGGCCUGUUCAAAAAGAUGAGCUCCACUAUGAUCUGUAAUGAGGCUAGACUGCUGGUGCUUAGUAUCAAAAAGGUUGCAGAGAAGCUUUUAAAUUGACCUCCGAGGAAAAGCUGAUUGAAGCUUGGAAGCAUCCCAUUCCGGACAACUCAUCCCUACAAGAUGAUCAUGAAAUGUUUCAUGGAGCAGAUGAAUUCUCUCAAAAUGUGUCAAAUCACCUGGAAGAAAUGGAUACAUCUGAUAACCAGUGGGGAUGGUUUUACUUGGCUGAAUGUGGCAAGUGGCAUAUGUUUGAGACUGAUUCUAACACUCAGUGUUCGAUUAGCAGUGAAGACAUUGAAAGGAGCUUCAAAAUGAAUCCACAGGGCUCAAUUUCUUUCACAACUGCAAAAUUUAACUACGUGUUAGAUUUUUCAGAGAUGAAACAAACUAAUUUAACCACUAGAAAACAGCGUCCCAUAAAGCGAGCUUCAUUUUCUAUCAGUGCCUUCAGUUAUAUCUGUGAAAAUCAGUCUAUCCCCAUGCCUUCACACUGGGAGAACGUAAAUUCAGAAGAACCAUACCAGCUUAUUCCUUUGCAGAAGCAAACCAAUGAAUAUAAUGAAGUCGCUAGCUAUUUUGGAAAAACGAUGGAGAUCAGUCGAAUAAAAAGAAUUCAGAGAAUUCAGAACCUAGACUUGUGGGAAUUUUUUUGCAGGAAAAAGGCUCAGUUAAAGAAGAAAAGAGGUGUUUCCUUCAUUAAUGAACACAUGUUGUUUCAUGGUACCAGCAGUGAAUUUGUAGAAGCCAUCUGCAUUCAUAACUUUGACUGGAGAAUCAAUGGCAUGCAUGCUGCCGCCUAUGGAAAAGGGACAUAUUUUGCUAGGGAUGCCUCGUACUCCAGCCGCUUCUGCAGGGAUGACUUGAAACAUGGCAGCACAUUUCAGAUUCAUGGCGUCAAUCUGCAACUUCAUGUGUUCAGGAAGCAUAAAGUGAUGUUUCUUGCUCGUGUAUUGACUGGAGACUAUAUUAAUGGGGACUCGAAAUACAUGAGGCCACCUUCGAAAGACGGGAGCUUCGUAAAUUUGUAUGACAGCUGUGUGGACAACACUUGGAAUCCAAAGAUUUUUGUCAUCUUUGAUGCUAACCAGAUCUAUCCAGAAUAUUUAAUAGAGUUCAGCUGAGACUUGUGGGUGGCUGAGCCGAGUUGUGUGUUGAAAUAUUUUCUCUUUUACAGAAGGACCAUUGGCUUUUUUUUUAAUGGGUAAACAUAUCUGUUGAGGUCAGCUGUAGCAUAAUUGAGGUAUCCAGCAGAGUCUGGCAACUGCAAUAGGAUUAUAACCUCUCGCCCUAAUAUAUCACUUGUGAGUGAUAAGAACAUCAACACUUAUUAGCAGCUAUGGUUAGCAACAGGGUAAAUAUUUAACCUUUGAACUAUCUACCGACCUGCAUGACGGAUAACCCAUAGUUCUUGUUUUUCUAUACCCUGAUGAAAUUGUACCUUUUAUGGAAGAACAGAUACUAUGAUAAUAUCAGGAGAAAUGCAAAUAAAUAUAAGUAACUUUGAGUCUCAGGCUUGAACUAGAUGCUAUGGCAGAUGUGCCACUGAAAACAGCAGCCUUGUGUCUUCCUCUCCUCUCCAAUAAUAUCUAAGGAGACUCCGUUUUGAAUAUAAUGUCAUGUUUGCAGGUUUCCCACCCCCUAUGUAGCAGCCAAUGAAGCGAAGUAAGGGCAGGAAAACUUCAAGUGUAUGUUUAUCCUUAGGCAUUAAUGGGGAGAGUGAAGGAAACAUGCAGCUGGGUCUGUAGUAGCAUCUAGUUCCAGUCUCACUGAAGGGAGUGGGAUUCAGUGACACUGUUAACUGCUAAUGGAUACGAAUAUGUGACCACAAAGGCAGGUUAGUGUGAACAGGGCUGUACAUCCAGUGAGUUUGCAGACAUCUCUGAUUGUGGCUGGACUUUCCCCUCCUCAUAUUUAUCCACAGUCAUAUGGAGGAAAUAGGUCAUGUGAACUACCCUUGUCGUACUGAAUCCAGUGAGAUUAGGCGCAUACUACUUUUCCUUUGUUUGUACCCAUACAGUAUAAACAGAGAUCUUUUAUGCACACAAACAGAAUUCUGCGAUUCUAUGCAGGGGCUUCCUUGUCCUCUUCUGUGUGUCAAAGAAUGCUCAACAUGCAUGUAGAUUUACCCGUCAUGUACAUGGAACAUUCCUUGAUGUAUAAAAGACAGGGCAUUAGAACCACGUGCAUUAGAACUUUGUGCAUUGGAACCACAUGGGGGAACCAAAGCUGCUGAACUGGGGCCAGUUUUCUUCUAGUGGAAAGAGAAUUAGAUCAAUUCUGGAAUGUGUUGGAACAUCUUGUCCAUCAGCUUGUUCUGAUUUCCAUAGUAAUUUUUAGUUAGAAUUUAAAUGAAGUGGGAAAAGCAAAACAGUAUUUGAAUCUGUGUAUUCAAAUGUCACCAUACAACAUGGCAAAUAUCAAAAUGCACAUCUUGUUAAUGAAUUUUGGAGUGUGGUCCCACUUUGUUGCAAAAUGCAAAUUAUUACAGUAGCUAUCACGUGCUUUGUAAAGUGUGUGGCCAUUUGGAGAGCACAAUACUUCAAUUUAGCUGGUUUCAAAGUAGGGAAAUAAUUGGAAUUAGUUUGCUGUAAUUUGGAUGUCAGAAUGCUAGCUGAAUGUGAUCACCUAUGUUAAGUGUGGCUGUCAGUCGGUAACUCAUUUCCCUGGCUAAAAAGAGAUCUAUAAAUGGAAUGAGAAGGAGGUUGAGUGUGUGGGGCUGAUUUCUUUCUAGGGGAGAAGUUCCAUUUCUGGAACUUUCCAUUUCUGGCUGUGUGUUUUUAGCCUGGGCUUGUCUGGGUUUGUUUCUGGCUAUGAGGUUUCAAUUUCUGUUUUGCCUAGAGAGAGUGUGUGUGUGUGCAGCUAGCUGCAGGUGAGUCACAGCUUGUGGGAGAGGCCACAUUCCUGUUGAGCCUCUUUGUCUUGGUUUGAAACCAGUUCUUUCAAGAAAAGGAGCAGGCCAGAAGAACCUUGCAACCCAGAGCUUUGUGAACAGGAGUUGCUCACAGUUAGCAAAGUAGUUAUGCUUUGGAGUUUAGUAGGAGAUUGUGCAGGGGAGCUUGGAAGCAUUCCCUCUUGAUCCCAAAGGAGUCCAGUAGCCCAGUGCAAAAAGAAGGUUAAAUCCUACACUUUUUAAUUUCUUCAGAGAGAGAGAGAGAGAGAGAGAGAGUUUAAAACUGUUUAAUUAGCUGACAGUUUCAGCUAAAAUUAUCUGACUGAUGGGCAGAAAUCGUCAUGAGUGUGUGCUCAGCACAAGGAGCUCUUGGCUUUCAAAUAACAAGUUUGUUCCCUCAAAGCCAAGGUAGCUGGCCUAGAGAAGCUGAGAGAGGCAGAGAGAUAUGUGGACAAGACCUUCAGGGAUGUGAUUAGAUAUAGGCAUCCAACUCCCAGGCUGACAGCAACUCUGUUGUCACAGAAAAUGAGGGUCUCUAAACUGAGGUUCUCAGAAAUUGAGGGUGAAGAACUGAGUUGAAUAGAGGAGACAAGAGAUGAUAUUCUAAAAAGUGUUGGAAAAUUCACCAUUGCCAGACGGCAUCCACCCAAGAGUUCUUUAAAAAAUACAGAUGUGGAAUUGCUGGUCUCCUAGCAAAAAUAUCUAACUUGUUCCUACAAAUUCGGCUCUGUACCAGAGGCCUGGAAAGUAGCCAAUGUAAUGCCAAUUUUCAAAAAGGGAUUUGAGGGAAUCCAGGAAAUUACAGGCCAUUUAGCUUAAUGUCUGUGCCGGGUAAACUGUUGGAAUGCAUACUUAAGAAUAAAAUGGUUAAACAUAUAGAAGAAUGGGCCUUGCUGAAGGAGAACCAGCAUGGCUUCUGCAAAGGUAAGUCUUGACUCACUAACCUCUUGGAAGUUCUUUGAGAAUGUCAGCAGGUAUGUGGGUAAAGCUGAUCCAGUUGACAUAGUAUACUUGGUCUUUCAAAAUGCUUUUGACAAAGUUAUCCUUUGAACUCUUGAAUAAACUUGUGAUGGGCUACUCCA